UCACGCGAGUCAGCCAAUGGCUGUGAAGCACGGCUGGAACGGGGCGGGGAAUGGUUGCUAGGGCCGAGCUGUGGGGUGCCGUGAGAGGCUCGGAGAGAGACUCGGCGGUUGCUAAGCCGGGAGGUCACAGAGCGCCGCUCAGCGAUUGGGCAGCGACGGGGGAGGGGGGUGGUGAUUGGGCGGCGCCCAGGAGGCUCCCGGGUGAGGCGCGGGCGCGCGAGCGGGAGUUCCGGCGGAGGCCCGUGCUGAGGGCCGGCGCCUUCACCAUGGCCUCGGCUGAGCUGGACUACACCAUCGAGAUCCCGGAUCAGCCCUGCUGGAGCCAGGAGAACAGCCCCAACCAAAGCCGGAAUGAGGCAGGGAUGCGACAGCCUUUGGUGAUUCUCUUGGGCUGGGGUGGCUGUUCGGACAAGAACCUUGCCAAGUACAGCGCCAUCUACCACAAAAGGGGCUGCAUCGUGAUCAGAUACACAGCCCCAUGGCACAUGGUCUUCUUCUCCGAGUCCCUGGGCAUCCCUUCACUUCGUGUUUUGGCCCAGAAGCUGCUUGAGCUCCUCUUUGAUUACGAGGUGGAGAAGGAGCCCCUGCUCUUCCAUGUCUUCAGCAAUGCCGGCGUCAUGCUCUACCGAUACGUGCUGGAGCUCCUGCAGACCCAUCGGCGCUUCUGCCACCUGCGUGUGGUGGGCACCAUCUUUGACAGCGGCCCUGGUGACAGCAACCUGCUGGGGGCUCUUCGGGCCCUGGCGGCCGUCCUGGAGCACCGGCCUGCUGUGCUGCGCCUGCUGCUCCUGGCAGCCUUCGCCCUGGUGGCAGUCCUGUUCCACGUCCUGCUCGCCCCCCUCACGGCCCUCUUCCAUACCCACUUCUAUGACAGGCUACUUGAUGCGGCCUCUCGCUGGCCUGAGCUCUACCUCUACUCCAGGGCUGACGAGGUGGUCCUGGCCAGGGACGUGGAACGCAUGGUGGAGGCACGCCUGGCGCACCAGGUCCUCGUGCGCUCCGUGGACUUUGUGUCAUCUGCACAUGUCAGCCACCUCCGUGAUUACCCUACUUACUACACCAGCCUCUGCGUGGACUUCAUGCGCAGCUGUGUCCACUGCUGAGCUCCUUCCCCCACUCACCCAACUCCUCUCUGCUCCAGAAAUAAAUGCCCCACACCUCCCCACAACCUCUGUCCGUGGGUGGCGGGGUCCUCUCCUGCUUCAGCUUCAUGACAGCCCUUUGGGACUCUGUGGUCCCACAAGGAGAGAACUCCCACUGAAUUCCAGCAGCCUCUGCCCCGGGAAUAGUUUUUCCCAGGAUCCUAGGGGUGGGAGUGCCCGGACAGGUUUCCGCGGGAAUCUUGCCCUGGCUGUUUGGACAGGCAUGGGUCAGGCUGCGGACGCCUGGAGCUCUUAGGCCAGGUAGGGCCCACAGAGUAAGAUGGGGCUGUUGAGGAGUCCAGCUUUGAUCCUUAACUUCUUGAAAGGCAGGUAAGCUUUGAGUAGUGGUGCCAGAGGACAGGGUCAGGCUGGUGCAGGGGACUAAGAUUUCUGCUCCCAAGCCCCACAGCAUGAUGCGCCAUCCGCAUAGACACCACUUGGUAGUUGAUGUAGAGAGACUUCUCUCACCUCACCGCUGGAGAGAGGGGAGCUGAGGACGUGCAGGUGGUAGGCCUGCCGGGGUCCACAACGCUUUGCUGGGAAGCUAUUGGUCCAGGAGGGCUGCAGGGUGUCUGACAGGCAGCUGGAGUGAGGAGUAGGAAGACAGUGGUGCCGUAUAGGACCUGGGACAAGCUAAGUUGGUAGCCCUGGAGACCAGGGCCGGGGCGAGGACUCCUUCAUCUCCUUGAGAGACUCACUUGGAUCAUCUCCAGGCUGGAGAGGUGGCUUCAGCCUGAGUUCUCUACCUUCUCCUGUUCUUUAAGUCCCUGUUGCACAAUGCUGGCACAUAGUAGGUAUUCAAUAAACAUGCUGACUGAA